GCUUGGACCACAUCUGGUCAAGGGGGCUUGGAGAGGCAACCGUGGAAGUUUCGCAUCCGAGCAAGGUCAAGAUACGUCAGCUUCAGCUUCGUGCUUCAACAACCUCACCUCUCCAUCAAACCACAGCCCUGCAUUGCGCGACCGGAAAGAGCGGCAGGGAGCGAACCGGAUCGAAUAACUGACGAACCCGAUAUCCAAGACGUACCCGAACGCGCACCGUGUCAACCGCCCCGCGGUAGCUCUUCAGAACCAUGUCGUCCAGUGCUCGAGGCCACUAUGAGAAUCCACCCUUGGACGAUGACGACUUGAUGAUCGACCCCGAUGAUGGUAUGUUGAGGUCCGAUCUCAACGACUUCGAUGAUCCCCUCGGAAACCAGUCCUCGCGACAGCCCCUGACGGGCAACAUCGGCUCCAGCUCAUCCUCGCAGCCGGCCAACGAAGGCUAUCUGACCUCCCGAAUUCCCGGUGAAGACCGACAGGCGCCCCUGAACACAAUUGACGAAUCGGUAUGGGAGACGUUGCGUCGCGAUCUGCUGGCCGUCUGGGCCAAGCUGCGGGAGGUGCUCUACCCACGCUACCUCCUGGGUGGCACCAUGUUCGACUCCGAGGGAGGCAUCCGAGGAGCCUAUUCGAACAUCCGCGGGGCUGGCAUUUCCGGAACGAGGGAAGAACUCACAGGACUGGCUAGCCGCAUGAUGGAUGCCGAGACCCUGCUCCAGAGCAACAUGACGCCUGGCUUGCGAGACUGGGAUCUUUGGGGCCCUCUCAUCUUCUGCCUGCUCUUGAGUCUUCUCCUGAGCUUUACGGCUGGUGCUGAGCAGAGGGAUCAUGUAUUCAGCGGUGUUUUCGCCAUGAUCUGGCUCGGUGAGGCUGUGGUGACGCUUCAGAUUAAGCUGUUGGGAGGCAACAUCUCCUUUGCCCAGAGCGUUUGCAUUAUUGGCUACACCCUGUUCCCCUUGGUUCUCGCGGCACUCAUGUCGGCACUUGGAUUGCACUGGAUUGCCCGGAUACCCGUCUACAUUGUCCUGAUUGCGUGGUCGCUUGCCGCCGGAGUUAGCAUCCUGGGUGGCAGUGGCGUUGUCAAGAACCGCGUGGCCAUUGCGGUCUACCCGCUGCUCGUCUUCUACUUGGGCCUGGGCUGCUUGUGCUUCAUCAGCUAAGUAGGCGGCAGAUUAAUUUCCGGGGAGAGGUCCCAUGAGACGCAAUAACGGGACGGCAGCCCUGGUCCACGGGUGGGCACCUAACGGGACAGGCUGGGCCGCUGUAUUUC